AUGUUUUGUGCAAGGAGGAAGCGACUACAUCUCUGCCGGGUCCUGUUUCUCCUCUCCGGGGUUUUUCUUUGUACACUCUACCAGCUGACUAUCAGUGCCAGACUGUACAAGCCUUUGCCAAUGCCUCAGAUUGGAGAGGAUUUUGGAGAAGGUUCAACAGAAGGGGUCAAUGAGGCCACAGUAGAGACUCAGGGGUCGGAGGAACCUCUCACUGCAACACAUGAAUUUGAGCCAACAGAUCAAACAACGCCAGAGAUACAUGUGGCACAUUCGGAUAUAAAUUCAAAUUUUGAAGCAUUCACCCCAACUGAACCUCCACUAUCACCAACUACAAAACGGACUAUGGUGCAUUGCAUCUUUGUGGCACCUGAGCCUCCACAGGAGACACCUUCACCAACUCCAGCUCUUCCUGGUGAAGCUCCACACUUGAAGGGAGACUACCCUGAAGAUCUAUUUUCUGUUGAAGACCGUAGACGAGGCUGGGUGAUCCUCCACGUUUUUGGGAUGUUGUACAUGUUCAUUUCACUUGCAAUAGUGUGUGAUGAGUUCUUUGUUCCUGCGCUGGGGGUGAUCACAGAGACUUUAGCCAUCUCUGAAGAUGUAGCAGGAGCCACCUUCAUGGCUGCUGGAGGUUCUGCCCCCGAACUGUUCACCUCCUUGAUAGGAGUCUUCAUCGCCCACAGCAAUGUGGGUAUCGGCACAAUCGUUGGUUCAGCUGUGUUCAACAUUUUGUUUGUGAUCGGGAUGUGUGCUUUGUUUUCACGGGAGAUACUUCAUCUCACCUGGUGGCCACUUUUCAGAGAUGGAUCCUUCUACAUAUUUGGCCUUAUCUUACUCAUCAUCUUCUUCCUGGAUAAUGUCAUAAUGUGGUGGGAGAGCUUGAUGCUGCUGGCCUGUUACACUGUCUAUGUGAUUUUCAUGAAGUUUAAUGUGCAAAUUGAACAAACCUUCAAGUCCCUACUCUUCAAAAACAAGAACAUUGUGAGAAUUGCUGUAGGGGAACCUGGAAAGAUAAACGGUGACGCUGAACAUAAUGCCCUUCCUGCUCAAGGGGACAAUAAUCUGUUAAAGUUGAAGCCAUCCCUUCAGCGAGGGGGGAGCUCAGCUUCCUUACACAACAGCACCAUGAGAAACACCGUCUUUCAACUCAUGAUCCACACAUUGGACCCUAUAGGAAAGGGGAAAUUUAAGGAUAAGGCUGAGACGCUGAAUAAUGUGGCUAGAGGGGCGACAGAGAACAAAACUCAAGACAAACGUGAAGAUGGUGGAGAUAAAUCUGAGGCGACCAAAGAGCGAGAGGCGGCCCCAGCACCGGAUAAGCAGGAUCACGCAGAGGACAAGAAGGAGGAUGUGCCAACAGGAGAGGAUGGGUCAGGAGGCUCUGACAGUGAGGAAGAUGACAGUGAAGAAGAUAGCAAAGAGUCCAGUGAAGAAGAAGAAGAAGAAGAAGAUGAGGAGGAGGGCGAUGAAGAAGAAGAGGAGAAAGAAGAUGAGCCUUUGUCUUUAGAGUGGCCUGAAACACGACGUAAACAAGCCACCUACCUCUUCCUGCUGCCCAUCAUUUUCCCUCUGUGGCUCACAGUUCCAGAUGUUCGCAACCAGGUGGGUGAGACCAUCGGCAUCUCAGAGGAGAUUAUGGGCCUGACGAUCCUGGCUGCAGGGACCUCCAUCCCUGACCUCAUCACCAGUGUGAUCGUGGCGCGUAAAGGCCUGGGGGACAUGGCUGUGUCCAGCUCGGUGGGCAGCAACAUCUUCGACAUCACAGUGGGUCUUCCAGUGCCAUGGCUCCUGUACUCAUCGUUCCACGGUUUUGCUCCAAUGGCUGUCAGCAGCAACGGGCUCUUCUGUGCCAUCGUGCUGCUCUUCAUCAUGCUCCUCUUUGUCAUCAUCUCAAUUGCAUCCUGUAAUUGGAAGUUGAAUAAGAGGCUGGCUUUCACCAUGUUCCUGCUCUACCUUGUCUUCCUGGUGCUUAGUGUGAUGCUGGAGGAUCGCAUCAUUGUCUGCCCUGUUUCUAUCUGAACGUGUGAGCAAAAGCUGACGAGCAUCCAUGUUCACGGAUCUCAUGAACAUAGAUCUAAAUAGUUAUAGAAACUGUGCAGAAAGCUACUGUAGUUGCAUUGAUGCCAGUAAAAUGUGUCUGGUAUGACGGCAACUAAACACAUACUACAACCUUUCCUAGAACUUGUCACAUACUCACUUUUUGUAACAAUUGCAUCUUUUACUAUUACGUAAUAUAUUGUAGGAAGUGGAAGAGAAUGAAGACCAACGUGGAUUGUUUCACUGUUUAAAAAGCAGCAUCUACAGGAAGUAAUUAGACAUCUAGAAUAUGCACAAGUUGAUGGUUUCUAAAUGUGCAUUUGUUAUUGUCUGUGUGCAUAAACUUGCACCAACAUGUGUUUAAUAACAUUCAUUAUAGAGAAAAU